AUGUCUAAAAUGUAAAGGAGUUUCCACCAUCCAACUCCAACAUUACGAUACCCUCUGAAAAAUAUGUGAAUCGGAUCUUUACGUUAAAAUCUGAAAGAGCCGGUUUAAAGAGUCGAAUCGUUCGCUUUCGGCACACAUCACUGCUUGCAACCCGAUUCUACCGAGAAGGGAGGCAGAGGGAGUAAUAACGCGACGUAUGCAGUUCAAAGAUUACUAGGCCCGAAAAAGCGAAAUAACUGACUCUAUUUUCUUCUAACUGACAUACAGAUAAAACACCCAUGAAAUUAUGCGUCACUGUGGUGCAUCUGAAAAGUGGAUAAUUCUACUUAUGGCUGUUGGAUUUCACCGGGUAUAUUCACCUGAAUAUGAUUUGAUGAAGAAAACUAAUUGACUAAGAUGACAAUCACAGAUCCAACCAAUAUAUUGGAGUCUGCUGUGUAUCAAACUGCUAAACUGAAUUCCAUCUAUAUUCACAUAAAGCUCUACUCUUGCUAUAAACAAUGUGAUUCCAAAUAUAUCAGUGCACUGGAGGAUUUCUGGAACAACCAAAACGAGCACAGUCAUAUGUUUGAUGCUGCAUCUCUACACAAUCCCAAAUAUAACAAAAUCGAUAUGGAGUACCCUUGGAUAAGUGAUGACAGAUUUAUUGCCAACCCAGAUGAUGCCUGGAAUGUGUUAGCACAACAUAAAAGACACAAACUGCACCGUUUUUCAUCCCCAGAUCUUUAUAACUUGCAAGUAACCCCUCAAGUUCUAACUGCUGAAAUGGCUGGUGAGGUUGCACUUAGAAGAAGAACAAGAUCAAGAAGUGCCUCACGAGUCCAGACCAACUUUAUUCCUUUAAUAACUGAUUCUUCCCCUCCUGAAUUAAGAAGGAAUCCAAGAUCUCCAAAACAUUCUCAGUGCAGGCAAGAGUUUUCUGCCAGAGACACCUUCUAUGGACCGACUUAUACUGUCCUUAAUGAGGUACAUCCCAUCAAACUGCAACCACAGAGGACUGAUACCAUUAGGCACUCUCCUUUUUAUAUGCCUGAAGGUUUGGAUGAGGGAAGGACUGUUAAACUUGCUACCAGUCCUCAUGUAAAAUGUCGAGUGGACAUUAAACCUGAUGAGGCAGCUUUGCAGCAACGUGGUCAAAAGUCAUCCAUUACAAAGAUGGACAUACCAUCGCAUAGGUAUACCAGUAAUGGCAGCCAAGGUCUUACAGUACCUCCCCAUGGCACCACCUUUAGAACGCCAACUCCCACUGAAUAUUUUAAAUGUGAAUACACACCUACCUAUCAGUAUUCCCAAAGUAUGCCAACCAGUUACAUGUUGCCAUUAAAGACUCCACCACACAGGAUACCUUCUCAAUGGGAGAUGAGACCAUAUGGAAGGGAGAGAAGAGCUAAGUCAAAUCCCAAUGUGCCAACUAAAUUCUCCAAAGUAGACAAUUUGGGGAAAUAUGAAUCUUCACCUUCCAAAAGAACAUACUAUCAGGAUGAUUAUUUUACCAUUCCUAGCCAAAGCUUCUCUCCUAAAUUACAUUAUUUCCAAGAUAAAAAAACUCAUGUGGUUCAUACUAUACCUGACAGGCCAUAUAUCACAGAAGGAGAUCUUUAUAAUACUGACCCAGCACAGUACAUAAUACAGACACCACCUGCACGAACCUUAAUUGAGGAUGAUCCAAGGACACAUCAGGUUCAAACAGUUCCUCCUAGGAUUUUUUAUGUUGGUGAUCCCUUUGUACCUGCAAUGGAAAGUUACAUCCCAGCUCAGGUAUACUACACAGAGGACAGGCAUCAUACACACAUGGUUCAGCCAAAAUCAAAUGAUUUUUAUGGCUCAGAUGUGUCUGGCUUUUCUACACCCUAUCCUUCAUACACACCUAAUGUUACACUGGCAAAAGUUAGACAAGAGUCUAUGUCUACCCCAUGGUACAGUAACCUGUGUAUGGAGACAAGAUCAGUAACUGACUCAAGGACUCACUCAAGAUCUUGGGACAAUAUCCUCAAUACUCAUGUAGCACAGGAACAACCUGUGUCUCAUGGAAAAAGUGAUGAAAAUCUCCUAUAUCAAAGGAGACAAACUUCAAUAAAUGACAGACCAAAACCUGUGGUGGUAAAUCUGUCAAGUUCUCCUCGACGUUAUGCAGCUUUAUCCUUGUCUGAUAAUUCCUUGAUUGAGAAAAACCCAGUUGAUACUAAGAGAACCUCAAGCAAACACUGGUAUGUUACUCCGGAAAUUACUAUUACAGACAAUGAUAUCAAACCUUGCAAGGGCUAUAAGGCUGAGGUACGCUCAGCCAGUUGGGAUGUGCUUGAUUCUAAAAUUGUUCCAGAUGAAGAUGCUGCUUACCUUGAGACAAUUCCCCUUUCAACUAAAGAUAAGACAUAUCAUAGCACUUCACUCCAACAAAGCUUAGAACAACUUGACAAGCUUUUAGCUGACCUGGUCGUUGAUUAUAAACACCCCUCUAGUAUACAGGCCAGUGAAGCUGUGAUGGAUCAAUUCAAGCAUAUUGAUGAAGAAGCAGUAGCAUCAGGAAGAAAGACUUCAAAGCUAGUAUAUGAGAGUAGCAUGUCCUGUGACAAACCAUCAAUAUCCAUAACAACAGAUCCUCACACCAUAAGAGACACUGAGGUGAGAUGUGAUGGCCUACAAAAUAAUAAGGACUGCUCUCCUGACCAGAGUCCAGAUGAGGAUGAGACAAUGAUGUGUUCCAACAAUAAAUGCCGUCGGACAGAGACAUUGUUUAAUGCUUGCCUCUACUUUAAAUCGUGCCACAGCUGUUACACAUACUACUGCUCUCGCAACUGCCGCAGAGAGGACUGGGCUAUUCACAAGGAGAGCUGUCUGUAUGGAAGAAUCGGCAGUAUAUGUCGCCACAUUAUUAAAUAUUGUAGAGAAACUUCAGAUGUCCACAAAGCUUUCUCACGUAUAGCCAAAGUGGGAUACCUGUCACGAGGAAAAGGGGUGUUGUUUUUGAGCUUUCCAAACCCAGGAUCAUCAACAAAUUUUCUUCAGUAUGGCCUAGAAAGCCUUUUAAUGUCUCCAACAUAUCUGUCUAUACGUGAACUAGAUAGUUACAUGGAUAACCUUGGAGAUUAUUGUAAAGAGCUACAGGAUGCAGGCAAGGACUAUGAUCCAAAUGAAUGUUUUCUCUUGAAUGUAUCCAUUGCUGUUGGUGAAGUGCCUGAGAGAUCACAACCAAGGGUAAAGGCCCCAACAGUUAGGAAGUAUGCCAAGGUUGCUUUGGCCUCUUACAGCCCAGAAAGGAGUGUUCAUGGGAAAGAACAUGAAAUGGAGACUUUGAUUCUUACUCCACCACCAGGUACAGCUGAUAUCGACAAGGAAGGUGAAGAGGGGAGAAAAGCUAGAGAGAUUUGUUUCAUUAACAUUCAACGGGAACUAAGAAUUCGUGGGGUGUUCCUCCGCCAUGAAUACCCCCAUGUGUAUCAGAAACUGUGUGAGUUUGUUGAGAGCAACAGAAGGUUUACUCCUACCAGUAUUUAUCCCAUUGACAAGAGAACUGGCAAACAGUUCAUGUGCAUGAUAAUGGCAGCUUCUGAGCCACGGACUUUGGAUUGGGUUGCUACCCCUCAUCUUCUAGAUGAUAUUAUUUAAAUAAAUACACCUAUAUAUACACAUUAUACAGUUAUUUAGUUAUGUGUGACAGAUGUAAAUACAUAUACAAAACUUAUAUUAUUUUGUUAUUUAAACAUGUGUUAAUGCAUCUAAUAUAGUAUUACAUUGUUACAAAUCAGAAACUAUUUAUUGACAUUUUUAUUGAUAUUUUGCUACAGUGGGUAUCAAAAUGGUUUCAUGACUCCUUGCCAAUCAGUGCUACUUGCAGGAAGUCACUAAAUCAGUCAUAACUCACCAAGACUACCAAAAAUUACAUUUAAAUGAUGUACUGUGGCUAAAUCAAGUAUUUGCACACGGUUACUUCAUAUAAAAUGAAUUGAAGAAUAAAAACACAAGCAACAGGUUCAUACUUCGAUAUUUUGUAAUGAUAGAUAGAAAGACAAACAGACGCUAUGGCCAAAAAUAUGGGGACAUCUGAACUGAAACCAUGGGCAGUCAUGUGGAGUUGGUCUUUCCCUUUGCAACCCAAAUAACCUACACUUUUCUUGGAAGACUGGGAAGAUUUUGGAUUGUUUAAGCCCAUUAAGUCAGAAGAGCAUUUGUGAGUUCAGGCUUGCCUUUAACGUUUCAAUUCAUCUCAAAAUGGGUACAGUGGGAUUGAGGUCACUUGUCAAAAUGGUUAAACCUUGCCUUUUAUGAUCUUUGCUUUGUUCACAUAGGCAUUAACAUUCUGAACAGGAAAGGGUAUAUCCUAAACUCUUCAUAUAUUAAUAUUACCCUUCACUUGAACCAGUCUAUUAUCUCUUCUGUACCAAAUCCAAUUAUUGACUCUGUGCAUUAGGGGAGGUGGCAUCUGUCACAACCAGAUCAGUCUCCCCGAAAGUGAAGCAUGAUUUAUCACUCUAGUGAUUUUCACCUCUCCACUUGAUGCUUGGCAUAGUGCAUAGCAAUCUUACUUGUGCGACUUGUGUGCAGCUGCUCAGCAUAGAAAAACGUGUAAUGAAACUCCUAAUAUGCAGCUGUAUUGCAGAUGUUGUUUUCAGAAGCAGUUUGACUUUUAAGUGAGUGAUGCCUCAGAAUAUAAUUUUAUUUUAUUAGCUAGAUACUGAGUUGAUCCUAAAUGCAAAUUACUGUUGAUGGGGCAGAAAUUCCAUGAACUGACUUAAGGUAACUUAUAAGGUGGCAUCCUAUAACAGUACCAUGUUUAAAGUCACUGACAUUUUCACGGUAUGGAUUAUUCUACUGCUAGAUUUUGUCUAUUAAUAUUGCAUGAUUUUAUGUACCUGUUAGCAACUGGUUGUGGCAAAGACACCUGAAUGGAAUGAUUGAGUGUUAUCCACAUACUUUUGGCCAUACAAUGAACAUAGAAGUGGUGACUUUGAAGAGUAAGGUAUUUGGAGCCUGGAAUAGUAUGUAUCAAAUGUUAAAAAAGUUCUCUUAUUGUUAACAAUGGUGCAUUUAUAUUUGUUUUAUAGUUUAUCUUGAGCCAUAAUUGACUUGAAAACAAUUAUACUGAACAAAAAAAUAACCUAAUUGCCUCAACAAAAUAAUUUGUGCUGCACAUUUUUUCUAUUUCUCUUCCAUUUUAAAAACUGCAAAAUUAAUUUCUUGCAUGUUAUGAACAUGAUUCCAAUAAACAAUAUCUAGACUUAGAAAUACCUUUAAACCAUUAUCAGCAUGCUAUGUGCACUUAGAAAACUGUUUGUAAAUCUAUUUUUUUUAUCCUGAUACAAUGAUAUAUUUUUAAAAUAUCACGUCUGUUUGUGAAAGUUUUCAGUCACCAAGUAAUUUAAUGUUUCAAGGAGUAAGUAUUGAGAGAUGGACUUGAUAUUCAUGAUGAUAUUUUGCUAAUCCCUGCUAUUUAUAAUCUGUAAUUAAUAUCUGUGAAAUUAUAUGAUGUGGAAGUCUUAACUGGUAUGAAACUAAUGAAGUUGCAAAGUAUUAUAUUUGUGUGUAAAACCCAUUUGUAUGAAGAAGAAAAUUAGUUAUUUAUCAUGCAUGUGCAUACACAACUGUAUGCAGUGGCCAUUGAUAAACCAAUUAUAAAUUU